AUGGUGAUGACACAUUGCUCACGUUUCCAACAUCUUCUUCUUCAACCCAAAUUCCUCUUCUCUCAUCAAUCUCAUCUUCUCCGCCAUCCUCUGGCCAGAGCUCGAACUGUCAUCAGAUCGAUUAUGGGUUCGUCUUCGUCCUUCUCCUCGAAGCUUCUCUUUCGCCAGCUCUUCGAGAAAGAGUCUUCGACUUACACUUACCUUCUCGCCGACGUUUCUCAUCCUGAUAAACCCGCUCUUUUGAUUGAUCCGGUGGACAAAACUGUUGACAGAGACCUGAACCUGAUCAAUGAGCUAGGCUUAAAGCUUAUCUAUGCUAUGAACACUCAUGUUCAUGCUGAUCAUGUCACUGGAACUGGACUUCUUAAGACAAAGGUUCCGGGUGUGAAAUCCCUCAUUUCGAAAGCAAGUGGUUCAAAAGCAGAUAUGUUUCUUGAACCUGGUGACAAAGUAACUAUCGGUGAUAUAUACCUCGAGGUUCGUGCUACACCUGGACAUACUGCAGGAUGUGUUACAUAUGUGACUGGAGGAGAAGCAGACCAGCCCCAACCUAGAAUGGCUUUUACCGGAGAUGCUGUACUGAUCCGGGGUUGUGGCAGGACCGACUUUCAGGGAGGAAGCUCGGAUCAACUGUAUGAGUCUAUAUUUACAUUGCCAAAGGACACAUUGAUCUAUCCAGCUCAUGACUACAAAGGUUUUGAGGUAAGUACAGUUGGAGAAGAGAUGCAACACAACCCACGUUUAACUAAAGAUAAAGAAACAUUCAAAACCAUUAUGUCAAAUCUGAAUCUGGCUUAUCCGAAGAUGAUUGAUGUUGCGGUACCAGCAAAUAUGGUAUGUGGAUUACAAGAUGUGCCUGUGCCUUCCCAAGCCAACUUAUAA